GUUGUAGUUAAUAUGUCUAUUCCUCUGCCUAUAAGAAGAAGACACCAAUUAUUCUCAUAUCAUAACAAACCCAACAGUAAGCAUUACUACUCGGAGUAAAAUAAAACCGAGUUGAAAGUGAGUAACCAAGAAAAGGACAUUACUCCCGAUUCAGAUCGAAACGUAAUUCCCAAACCCGCACCAAAUGCAUAUGCGCGCUGGCUGAAGUUGGAUUCAAGAAUACGGAAACCUUUCCUCGCUCGCGUCUUCACCAAACAAUACUCAAUUCAUUCACUCAUCUAACUUGUCGGUAGCUCCACGAACCACACACUUCAGGUGUUCGUCUUUUUGUCAGAGAGAACAAAGAAAAUGAUUGAGCUCAACGCAAGUCAAUGACGAAGUGAAGAAUCCAAGACUUGAAAUUUUCAGAAACUAAGCCACGGACGGGUGAAGAAUCCGCCGAAAUGUUGGUUCAAGAUCGGAACUCUUCGCCGCCGGAAUCUCCCCGGCAGUCGAGAUUUAUCAGAGAUAAAGCUGCUUCAUUGCCCCGAACUCGCUUUGCUGAAACCAAGAACCUCGAUUUCUCGGUGUGGGCUUCCGAGAAUCUGUAUAAAAUCCUCUCUUUUUCCCUCCUCAUUCUCACCGUCGUUGGCCUCUUUUACCUCCGCAAUUUCGCCGAUGUCACUUCUACCCUGCUCUGUAUGCAGACCGUCCAGACCAAAUCCAUUAAAACCGAGUUGCCUAAAAUUAACUGGAAGAACAUCCCUGCUAUCCGAGAUAACUCUUCUCCCUUCUCGAAUUUCCAGUCAGAGAAGUGGAUCGUUGUCUCUGUGUCACAUUAUCCUUCCGAUUCACUGGAGAAGCUCGUAAGGCUAAAAGGUUGGCAAGUCUUAGCUGUGGGGAAUUCAAAGACCCCUAAAGACUGGAGCCUUAAGGGUGCAAUUUACUUGUCUCUGGAGAUGCAAGCUCAGUUGGGGUUUAGAGUAGUGGAUUUUCUCCCUUAUGAUUCCUAUGUUAGAAAAACUGUUGGGUAUUUGUUUGCCAUACAGCAUGGUGCUAAAAAGAUAUUCGAUGUUGAUGAUCGCACUGAUGUGGUCGAUAAUGAUAUCGGUAAACACUUUGAUGUUGAAUUGGUUGGGGAGGCUUCAAGGCAAGAGGUCAUUUUGCAAUAUAGUCAUGACAAUCCCAAUAGAACUGUUGUCAACCCUUAUAUACAUUUUGGACAAAGGUCUGUUUGGCCAAGAGGUUUGCCCCUGGAGAAUGUUGGUGAUAUCGGGGAUGAGAAGUUCUACACUGAGGUAUUUAGUGGGAGACAGUUCAUUCAGCAGGGAAUUUCAAACGGUUUACCUGAUGUGGAUUCGAUUUUCUAUUUCACUCGGAAGUCAGGACUGGAACCUUUUGAUAUUAGGUUUGACGACCAUGCUCCUAAACUGGCAUUACCUCAAGGUAUAAUGGUUCCAGUUAACUCUUUCAAUACCAUUUUUCAAUCAUCAGCAUUUUGGGGUUUGAUGUUGCCAGUUUCAGUCAGUAGCAUGGCUUCUGACGUGUUAAGAGGGUAUUGGGCACAAAGAAUGUUGUGGGAAAUUGGUGGGUAUGUUGUGGUAUACCCUCCCACAAUAUACAGAUAUGAUAGAAUAGAGGCGUACCCUUUCUCGGAAGAGAAAGAUCUACAUGUGAACGUGGGUAAACUAAUUAAGUUCUUAAUAUCUUGGAGAUCACAUAAGAAUGGUUUAUUUGAGAAGAUUCUGGAGUUGAGUUAUGCAAUGACUGAAGAAGGGUUUUGGACAGAGAGAGACUUGGAGUUCACUGCUGCUUGGCUUCAAGAUUUGCUCGCUAUUGGUUACCAGCAGCCUCGACUGAUGUCUCUUGAAUUGGACCGACCAAGGGCAAAUAUUGGCCACGGCGACAAGAAAGAAUUUGUUCCUCAAAAGUUGCCAUCUGUUCAUCUUGGAGUUGAGGAAAUUGGGACUGUGAAUUAUGAAAUUGGAAACUUGAUUAAGUGGAGGAAGAACUUUGGAAAUAUUGUGCUUAUAAUGUUUUGUAGCGGGCCUGUUGAACGUACUGCUUUGGAAUGGAGAUUGCUGUAUGGAAGGAUAUUUAAGACAGUAAUUAUACUGUCGGGGCAGAAGAAUUCAGAGCUUGCUGUUGAAGAAGGACAGCUGGACUACAUUUACAGGUUUCUACCUACGAUGUUCGAUAGAUACACCAGUGCAGAAGGCUUUCUGUUUCUUCAGGAUGACACUAUCCUUAACUAUUGGAACUUGCUGCAAGCGGACAAGUCUAAGCUCUGGAUCACUAACCAGGUAUCGAAAUCUUGGACCUCUGCUUCAGUUGAUGGUAGUUCUGAAUGGCUAUCUAAGCAAGCCGGCCUGGUCAAGAAAACUGUAGACACAAUGCCAGUUCACUUUCAAGUCAACUACAAAGCAUCAGGGGAAAAUGACAGGAUCCUCACCCUAUGCGAAUCUGAGGUCUUCUACAUCCCUCGACCCUUUGUAACCGAUUUUACCGAUCUCGCGAAUCUAGUAGGAGAACUUGAAAUCCAUUACAAGGUUGCAAUACCUAUGUUCUUCAUGGCAAUGGACUCGAUGAAGAACUUCGACCCGGUGUUAAAUUCAAUGGUUUAUAAGGAAAACCAGCCUAACAAUUCAACAUUUUAUUCUGCUGAAGCGCCCGCAGUUCGGCCGUGGACAGUAUCUAGUGAGCAAGAGUUCAUUAAACUGAUAAAGGUUAUGUCGGCAGGUGACCC